AUGGCUCUAGAACAGGCGUUGUUCUUGGAUAGCGCCAUCCGUGACUGGGUUCUGAUCCCCAUUUUGGUGGUCAUGAUCCUCGUGGGUGUGCUGCGACACAAUGUCAUCACGCUCCUCAACUCGCCACCAAAAAGCAUCUCUGCUCCUGCACUUCGAGAGCAACGAGUGAUGGCAAGAGCGGCGGCGCUCCGACAAAACUACUUCCAGUUGCCCCCCACUUCGUUCGCAUCUCGCAAGGCUUUCCUUACCGAAGCACUUUCGAGCGGAAAGUAUCUACAACCCAGAGACAAGGAAGAGAAAGAGGGCUCCAAGAACCCAUUUGAGCCUGCUGGUGGAAUGGAAGCCAUGAUGGAACCCAUGAAGAAGCAGAUGGUUAUGAUGAUCCCACAAACCGUCAUUAUGGGCUGGAUCAACUUUUUCUUUUCCGGCUUUGUCCUCCUCAAGCUGCCAUUCCCGUUGACAGUGAGGUUCAAAGUGAUGCUUCAGCGCGACAUUCCCACACCUGAUCUCGAUGUCACCUGGGUUUCCGCUCUCAGUUGGUACUUUUUGACUCUGUUUGGUCUCAACGCCGUCUACCGACUUGUUCUGGGAGAUGACAAUGCUGCCGAUGGAACACGCGAUAUGGCUGCCAUGUCAGGUGCUGCUGCACCUAUGCAAGCAAUGAAUCCGGCAGCGCCCGGUCAAGCACCGGACUUUGAAAAACUUCACCAUGCUGAACGCGACAAUCUGGAACUUGUUGGUCUCGAAGACUCGAGCGUUCGUUGGAUCGGUGACGGUAUCGAAGACCGCGUGCUUGCCCUGUAUUCCUGA